AAAUAAUAACGCAUAAAUCUCAUGGCUGACCAGAGUAUACUUCAAAUUUUCAACAAAUAAUAAUCGUAGUAAAACAUUCAACGCACGUUUGCAACCAUGUAAACUUUGUAAGGUGACUUAUUAAAACUCAAGUUUAAGGCGAGUCGAUAGAAAAUAAAACCAAGUGUCGUUUUCCAGUGGCAGUCACAUUGCGUGUUCAAGUGCAGUUUUGAACGGCGGCCAAAAAAACGCUUUCAAUGAACUUCAAUCGAAACAAUCAUCAAAGUAGUCUAAAUUUAAAAAGAAUAUUUAAUCAAAAAAUGAAAAGUCUGUUAUAAAAGCAAGAAAUAAUGGCAGACCUCGAUAAAAACUACACUUUACAAUCAGUGAAUGGCACCAAUGGACCGGAAAUAGCUCCCGAGGUGAUUACGUGGAUCGUCAUCGACUCGAUCAUCAUAUGCCUAACGCUAGCCGGGAAUAUUCUGACAAUUUGCGCGAUCAAGUUGAGCAAAAAGAUUUCGGAACUGCUCUCGAACCGGUACAUCUUUAGUCUGGCGGUGAGCGAUCUGCUCGUGGGGCUGACACUGCCAUAUCAUCUGGCGUUCACCAUCGAUGAUUAUCUGGGAUCGCACGAGAGCACCUGCAUCCUGCGCUUCGUCCUUAUUAUAUUGGCAUGCAGCAGUUCUAUUUACAAUCUUCUUGCGAUUGCUGCUGAUCGAUAUAUUGCCAUUGUUUUGCCAUUUUUUUACAGCAGACAUAUGACAAGAAGAGUUGUCUGGUCAAUAGUUUUCUCUGGCUGGUGCUUGUCCAUCGGCAUCGCAUCAAUGCCAAUCUACUGGAACACAUACGAGCCGGGCAAGUGCACACAGGACCACGUCCUGCCCGCACAAUACGUCAACUUCAUCAUCACCCCCAUGUUCCUCUCCAUCUGGCUGGCGAUGUCCGUGCUAUACAUGCGAAUAUGGCGCGAGGCAGCCGAACAUGCAAAACGCCUCCGCACCGCAGCCAAUUUCCCCGGCGCCAGCGCCAAGCAACGCAAAUCUCUCAAAGAAAACAAAUCCGUACAGAUGGUUUUAUUGAUACUCGGCUGUUUUUCGCUCUGCUGGUUUCCCUACUUCUUUGUGUUAACUUAUAUGCGAUUAUACAACGGCAGAAGUCUACCAGAAGUCUACGAAGCCGUCUUUACACUAGCUGUGAGCAACUCCUGGAUGAAUCCACUCAUCUACGCGUGGAAGAGUAAAAACUAUCGGAAUGCAUUCUGGUGUCUGCUAAAGUGUAAAUCACCGCGAAAUCUCAACAAGGAGCCAAACUUCAUCACUGAUCACAUUCCGGGUGAUAAAAGUCGCAAAAUAAUAACCCUGCUGAGCGUUCAAGUGAUAACAAUCUCCGAAUAGAGAUACAAUUACAGGAAGAUUUUAAACAAGCGAAAAACGGUAAGAAUCUCGAUAAACAACAAGAAGAAAUGCAGCAUAGUGAUGGUACAGUUACAACAUGCAUCAACUAAACAAAAAACAACAUCCAAUAUGUACUUAAUCACUAACCUAACACAUUUUAUACACGCGAUGAUUUGCGAUGUGAAUUCAUGCAGCUGUGGAUGGUAUUCGGCCGUUUUUUUCAAACACGACCGAUAACCUCAUCGCGCACGAAAAUAGUAUUUCCAUACAGGAACGUA